AAUAGAAGGUGUCUUGUGAUUAUUUUGUGCUGAGAAAUUUAGUAGUGCUACAGUUGCAGUUUAUUCAAGUUGUAUUUUGACAGGUAAAGUUUGUUUGAGUGAUCUAUACAAAAGUCGUGGCUAAGUGUAUAAUAAGAACACUGAUAGGCCACUCACUGCAAAAUGUGUUGCAAUGAACCACAACAUCUAUUGUAGGGGUUUAUUUGGAUCUGUAGAACAAAGGCUUAUGAGAAGAACGAAGAUAAGAGAAAAGAAAGCGAGAAAAAUGUGAAAUCGUUAUUUUUAUAACAAGAUCUUGCUGUGCCGAUCUCCUACCCACAAGUAAUAAAUAUGUUUCUGAUAAUAUUAUUGACCAUGAGAGUAUCUUGUUAUCUUAGAACGGGGUAAAGAUGGGAAGAAAAGAAAUUAGGAUUGGGAGUUGGGGAGAGCGUAAGAGUUUUUACUAGGAAGUGAAGCAACUUAAAUAUGUGAUAUAUAAAGUUAAAUCUAAAUACAUUUUAAAAUCAAAACACUCAAAAAGUAAAUGGAUAUUUUUAAAAACAGCAUUUCAUUUCCAACCCUAUCUGUUCAUUGCAGGGUCGUUUUUCAAUGUAUAUGCAUUUGUAUUCAUAGACGUUUUUAUGUAGAAUAGAAAUAAAAUUACUAAAUAAUAUCGUGGGCAGAAAAAGCGGAUAAAAAGUCCUGCGAUGAAGUGUCAAAAAUCGGCUAUACAAUGGAGUGUUUAAGCAGUAUAUAAAGUGUUAGCAGAAGUCACUACAGUGUCAAUAUACAGUGACGACACGUGACAAUAAACUGUAUUCAUUAAAAAGCAAACAAAAACAUGAAUGAAUAAACAAAUAAAUAACUUCAGUUGAUUUACACAAAUAUAAUAUUGUGAAGAAAGAGAUGAAACUCUUACGCAUCUGGGUAAAACUUCUAUUCAGCAUGAAAUAUUUCAUCACCAAAGCAAAGAAGACCAAAUUUUGGUUAUUUAUUUAUUUGUUUAACUUGCACACUUGUUUUGGUCAAUGGUGGUUGUAUUCCCGCGUAAUUGCAGAAACAAAGAAACUGAAUAAACAAGACCAGUCAAUGUGCUACCAUUUUAAUUUGAAUGACAGCCAGUUAAAAGCAUGCUUAGUUGAUCCAAAUGUUUUGCUUCUCGUUGGCAAGGGAACAACUGAUGGUCUGGCACAUUGUGAAAGACAAUUCGUGAAUGAACGAUGGAAUUGCUCAAAUAAUAACUUCAGUAACAAGUUAUUUAAAAGAAGGACACCGGAAACCGCGUACGUAAAUGCUAUCUCCUCCGCAGGUGUUAUAAAUAAACUCUCAAUAGAAUGCGAUCGAGGCGUGUUAAACAGUUGUGGAUGUCGCACGGCGACACCUCAUCGUCGCAUGUGGAGUAAAAAUGACGACGAAGAACCUGUUUAUUGGAGUUACUGCAAAGAUCAUUUAAAAUAUGCGAUACGUACAACUCGAAUAUUUCUCGAUCCGAGUCGCGAAGAGACAUAUAUCGAUGGGAAGAAGCGAAGCUUGAAGAAGCUUGUCUUGAUACAAAACAAUAAAGCUUCGAGAAAGAUAGCACACGAACUAUCGAAGAAACACAGAAAAUGUUCUUGUUAUGGAACGACAGGAAAUUGUAUUGCAAAAACAUGUUACCGUUGGUUACCAAAACUAAAAGUCAUAGGUCAAAAGCUCUAUGAUAAAUAUAAAAAUGCUGUCAAAGUAAAAAUGAAAAAUAUGAAAAAAUUGGUAUCCGCUGAACCGAGGAGGGUUUUAAAAAAAACUGAUUUAGUCUACACUGAAAGAAUAAACUAUUGUGACGUCAUACAGUCGCUGGGUAUUGCUGGUACCCAGGGUCGAGUAUGUUUAAAUACAAAACCAAAAUCGGGCGAUGAUAUGACGUCAUGUAAAAUACUUUGUUGCGGACGUGGUUAUAAUCCGGUACGAAGAAAAGCAAAGGUGAGAUGUCGCUGCACAUUCAAAUGGUGUUGUGACGUCAAAUGUCAUUGGUGCGAAAAAGAAGUGACUGAAUAUAGGUGCAAAUGACACAUUUAAGAACAAGAAAUAUAUUUACUCAAUUUUUUUCCCAGGGCUAUUUGUCUUUCUGACAUUAAAAUGACCCUAAACGAGAGACCCUGGUAACGAAGUUGAUUUUUACUACACUUCCCCGCGCUUUUGCUUGGGAAGAAAUUACAAGAUUUUAGCUACGAAUAUAUUUAUUGUUGUAAAUAGUUUUGAUGAGUUUAUUGGUUCUUUUUUACUAGAAAUUUUGGUUACUUGCUACUUUG